AUGCCAGCCACUCCCCUGGCAGCUUCUACGGGCCCUCCCUCCAGGAAGAAGCAACUGGAGUUGGAUGAUGACCUGGACGCUCAGUGUCCCCCCCGGAAGCAAGCUCGAAGUGGACCCCAGCCCAGGCUGCCCCCCGGCCCUCUGCCCCUAAGCCCACCCCCUGCGCCAGCCCGUGCCCCCGCUGUGACCACUCCCUCCCGGCUGGGGCCCUAUGUCCUCCUGGAACCCGAGGAGGGCGGCCGGGCCUACCGGGCCCUGCACUGCCCCACAGGCACCGAAUACACCUGCCAGGUGUACCCGGCCUGCGAGGGCCCGAAGGUGCUGGCGCCCUACGCGCGGCUGCCCCCGCACCGGCACGUGGCGCGGCCCGCGGCGGUGCUGGCGGGCGCCCGCCGCCUCUACGCCUUCUUCCCGCGGCCCCGCGGCCACCUGCACGGCCUGGUGCGCCGCCGCCGCCGCCUGCCCGAGCCCCAGGCCGCCGCGCUCUUCGGCCAGAUGGCGGCCGCCGUGGCGCACUGCCACCGGCACGGCCUGGUCCUGCGGGACCUCAAGCUGCGGCGCUUCGUCUUCACCGACCGCGAGAGGACGCAGCUGGCGCUGGAGAACCUGGAGGACGCCUGCGUGCUGACCGGGCCGGACGACUCGCUGUGCGACAAGCACGCGUGCCCGGCCUACGUGGGACCCGAGAUCCUCAGCUCCCGCGCCUCCUACUCGGGCAAGGCGGCGGACGUCUGGAGCCUGGGCGUGGCGCUCUUCACCAUGCUGGCCGGCCGCUACCCCUUCCAGGACUCCGAGCCCGCCCUGCUGUUCCGCAAGAUCCGCCGGGGGACCUACGCGCUGCCCCGGGGCCUCUCCGCCCCCGCCCGCUGCCUGCUCCGCUGCCUGCUCCGCCGCGACCCAGCGGAGCGUCUCCCGGCCUCGGCGAUCCUGCUGCACCCCUGGCUGCGAGGGAACCUGGCCCCCCCAGGCACACCCCGAGCUCCCCUCCGGGAGGCUGACCAGGUGGUCCCCGAAGCGCCGGGGCUGGAGGAGGUUGAGGCAGAGGAGGGAGAAAGGGAAGAGGGCCUGUAUGGCUAG